AUUGAUCAAGCUAUAUUUUCUCAUUGUUAAGAGACACCUGUUAGACUCGAUGGGAGACCACACUCAUUUUAUCAGGGAACAUGCUCGGUUACCAUUUAAUGCCAUUUUCUUCACCAUAAUGAUGCACUAUUGUACAUCAUCGUCUUUUCCACCAACAGCAGCUCCUCUCUUCAACGAAAGGCCUUUUGUGCUGCUAUGGAAUGCUCCCAUUUCCAAAUGUCAACAACUAAAAGUUCCUUUAGAUUUAUCACAGUUCCAGGUGGUCACCACUCCAGCCAGGGUAAGCAAUCAACCCCUGACCCUGUUCUACAAACAUCGAAUUGGACUCUUUCCCUAUAUAGACCUCAGCUCCUUGAAAGAGUAUAAUGGUGGCAUUCCGCAACGGGGGAACCUGAGUGCUAGCCUUCAGAGGGCUAUGGAAGAGUUUGUUAAAUAUAUUCCUGACUCCUCCCCUGGUCUUGCUGUAAUGGAUUGGGAGGAGUGGCUUCCGAUGUUUGAUUGGAAUUUGGACGAGAAGAUGAUCUACAAAAAUCUGUCCAUCGAGUACACCCGUGCGGAAAAUGCUUCUCUCAGUCUGCAACAGGCUAGCAGCAAAGCUAAACAGCAAUUCCAGAAGGAAGCCAGGAGUUUCAUGGAGGAAACUCUUAAGUCAGGAAUUGCUCUUCGACCCAAGUAUCUGUGGGGCUACUACUUGUUCCCAGAGUGCUAUAACCAUGACUUUGAGGAGUCAAACUAUACAGGAGUUUGCUCAGAGCCCACAAAGCAGAUGAACACUGAUCUUCUCUGGCUGUGGGAGGCUAGCACAGCCCUUUUUCCAUCAGCAUACUUGCCAGUCUCUGUGAGUGGAAACAAGAGCGCUGCACUGUUUGUUCGUCACCAGGUGCAGGAGGCAAAUAGAGUGGCAGCACUGCCAAAACAUCACUACACUGCACCUAUCUAUGUGUACCUACGUCUCUUCUUUCAGGACCAAAAGGAGCUUUUCAUGAAUGAGAUUGACUUGAUCAGCAGUAUUGGUGAGAGCGCAGCCUUGGGAGCCUCUGGAUCUGUGCUGUGGGGAGCAAGUGCUGAUUACAAUGACAAGGCCUCAUGUGAAGCCUUGUCUGAGUACCUAUCUGAUACUUUAAACCCCUACAUUGUCAAUGUCACCUCUGCAGCCUAUUUCUGCAGCAAAAGUCUCUGUCAAGGCAACGGACGCUGUGUCCGCAAAAACUACAACUCAGACGACUACCUCCAUCUCAGUUCAGAUAGUCACCAUAUCACUAGGAAUGCUGGGAAAUAUGUGGUCACUGGGACCCCCUCUCUGAGUGAUCUCACCUUCUGGGCAAACAAAUUCACCUGUCAGUGCUAUGAAGACAGGGAGUGCUCUGCCAAGAAACUCUAGGAUGUUCAAUGUGUUGGACUAGAUGAUAACAUGGAGCACUAUAUUAAAUGUUCUAGUUCACAUUUUUGAUAAGUGACAAAUAGUAAUAUUUAGAGAAAACAAAUAUUUGCAGCAAAAUUGUGAUUGGAAACUAUGAGCUUAGAUUUAAUAUUCUGUUGAAAAUGUGACCAUUCACUCAUUUGUCAAAAGCAGGAUUAGCUUAUUUAACAAGCAUUAACAAGCACAUUGCAUAAUAAAUAAAUAAAUAAAUAAAUAAAAAUCAAGAAAUAAACCAGAAAACUUA